AUGGUCUCCGUUCCCACCGCCAUGGACAUCACCUACUGCGAAGGGGCACGUCUGCUGCAAGACUCGCAAGCCGACAUCGAUACCAUCCUGGUCCAACGCCCCAAUGGCAACCUGACCUGCAGACACUGCUACCUCGUCAUCGCCGACGCUGGCAACUUGCCGACCAUCUCCUCGGACAAGGACUGGCCGCUGGUCGUGAGCUGUCACGUCCAGGCGUGUGCCUCGCUGCACGACCGUCGAGCCGCCUACUCGUGUUAUGCGUGCCUCGAGAGAGGGAAGACAUCCAUCGAGACCUCGGUGGCCGCCUUGAAGAACCAUCUCCAAUCUUGUGAUCUGAUCAAGGAUGUCCAACCCCCGACGCCGUACCCGCCGCGCGAGCCCGUCAGGGAAGAGCAAGUUCGAGCUCCCUCUGUUCCCGAACGGCCGAAACGGAGAUCACGCCCAGCACCGGCCAUGGAAGCGACGCCGGAGAGACCGACGGCUCGCGACCCGGAAAUGGUCCAAAGUCCUUCCAGCCGACGACCGGUACCCUCGAAUUCGAUCUGGCCUGGUCCAGCAGCCUCGCCGGCGGUCCCCAAUAGCCCCGCCACACCCGUCAAGCAGACCCCGUCACACGGAGCUAUGCCAGCAGAAUCCGAGCGAGCCUCGCAACCACGGCCGAAGAGAGAAGUGCCCACACAAGCAGAGAGGACCUAUACUCCUGUGGAUGUGUCCCGACCAGAGCAACCUAGUGGAGGACCCCGCGCCUACGCGGAUCCGUCAGAUGUUUUCGCCACGACCCUCGCAAUCCCUUCUACCAAGACUUUCCGCCCGCACCGCCACCGAGGGGCGUUCUCGAACGACAAUUAUGCCUCACCGGUCAGGAGAAAGGACAUCAACCCGGAGCCCAGCUCACAGGCGCCGUUCCCAGAGCCCGCUCGAGAAGACCGGUCGUUCCCGACACGACCGUCGCGAGCCCCUCCUGCGCCGCCCGUGCUGUCGGCGCCCGCGCCCCCGAGUUCAACUUCGCGCGCCGACUCCGCCAAGAUCCAACAACUGGCGAGCCUGGGCAUCGGCCGAGCCAGAGCCGAGUACCUACUCCAUCAGACGGGCGGCGACGUCAACGAAGCCGCGGAACUGGGGUUCUCAGAGCAGCAGCAGCAGCAGCAGCACGGGAGCGUGGGCAGUGGUGGUAGUAGUAGUGAAUGGCUGCCGACACCGUCGUCGCAGGCGGCGCAGUCUGAGGCACUUCCGUUGUCUCCAGGCCUCGAGAGACGGAAUCGGCGGUCAAAGUGA